AUGCUCCUCCAUGCUCCUGUGGAGGGCCGGCAGUCCCUGCAAUCCCAGCAGUCGCCGGGCGUCAACGCGCUGUCGGUGCAGAUCUUGGAUCCAGGAGGGCAGCUUGAUCCCCGGCAUGGUUUCUUCUUGGAAGCGACUGAGGCCGAUUACCUGAUGUCGUCGACUGGCUCUGGCAUCACCGAGCAUGAGGGCCAGCGGCGGGCUACACUUCCAGACGUCCUGCCUGCCUCGCUGCAGGAAAACUUCACCUCCUCCGUACGCCGGUACUGCGAGACGUGGCGUGCCGAGUUUCCACUGGAGGUGCUGGAUCAGCUCUCUUCGGCUUUUGACUCCUGGCCACAGGAGGAGGAUGGCCGAUGCAAGAGCAGUGUGCGCGACCUUAGCCAUGUCCUGCGCUACGUCCUGGGCUGGCCGCCCAACAUCCUGCUGCAGGUGCUGCAGGACGACAACGCAGAGGAGCUGUACUUCAACCGGCUCAGUGAUCUGCUGGAGCUCAUACGUGAGGCGAUACAACUGGCCGAGAUGGAGGAGCCUGAUGUGCUUUGGUCAGAUUGGGAUCUGAACCUGGUGAAGGAGAGCUUCAGGAGGUUCGCAUCCAAGACAACAAGCACUAUGCCCGUGGUGAAGGUGUUUCAGGCCUUGCGCAUCCUCAAUUUCGACGAGCUGGAGAUAGACUCUCCGGACAGGCAGAGGUGGCUCGCUGGCAUCACCAAGGACGUCCUAGCCAGAAAGGCGGAAGACUUUUUUGAGUUAGAAGCAGAGGAGGCCGGGAAGGGCGAGGAAGAGGAUGAGGGCAGCGACUUCGAUGAGCUCAUCGACGAUUCCGGUGAUAAAGACGAGGGCAAGAGCCGCGCAGCCAUCCGAAGGAAGCUAAAUCGUGAUAAGGAGCUGGAUCAGCUCAAGAAGGAGGUAGCCGCUCGCGAGCGCGAGCACGGUCCACUGUCGGGCUCGGCCCGACUGUUCAGCUCGGAUAGGUUGGAUCAGCUUGAAAAGAAAUACCAGGAGCUAGACGAGAGGGCCAAGCGAGGUGAGGACAUCAAGGGCGAGCUGCCCUCGCAGGAAAAGGUCAGCCAGACCGUUCCGGUGCCAGAACCUGGAGAUCCAAAGUUGUGGUUGCUGGAAACUUUCGCUCCCGAGAAAGACCUUUGUGUUUCCCUCAUGUACAAGUCGUUCGAGGCCAUGUCACGGGGAACCCCGGUUCCGGUCUACUCGGUUUUCUGCUCGCCACAUCUGAAGGGUCGCAUUUACGUGGAAGCCCACAAAGAAGCCGACGUUCGUGCGUUCACGAAGGGCAUUCGCGGUAUCUCCGCGUUCAAAGGACUGUCGCUGGUCCCCACGGACCAGAUGGCUCUGGUUUUCUCUGCGGCUUACAGCCACGCACGCAAGACGCAGAUGCUGCGUGCAGGAGACUGGGUUCGCAUGAAGCGUGGGGCAUAUGCAGGUGACUUGGCCAUGGUCGAGGAGAUUGAGGACGAAAACUAUAUGGUUAAGCUAAAGCCACGCAUAGUUCGAUCUGGCCAUGGGAAAUCCAGCAAGAGACCUGCCCCUGCCUGGUUCAAUCGAGCAGACCUGGAAGCCAGGCAGGAAUUCCUGGUGAAUGUGGAGCAGCGGCGGACUCAAAAGGGAUAUAAAAUGUUUUACAUUAUCGAUGGGGAGGCGUACCGAGACGGCUUCCUCUUCAAGAACUUCAAGCGUGGAUGGUUCGACUCCGGUGACCAGGCCCGUCCUUCGGAGCAUGAAAUCCAGGACUGGCGAAACGCGCCAGCAAUAUCAGGGAAUGUUCGACCAGAGUCAGACUUGCCGAAGAGCAAAGAGGAAUUGGAUCGAGAGGCCAUGCCGCCUCCUGCACUGCCCAUUAAGACGGUUGCUUCUUCUGGGCCAUCUCUGAAAGAAGGGGACAAAGUCAUCGUGAUCUCGGGCGACGUCAAGAACCUCCGCGGGAUUGUCGUAGACGUAAUGUCAGGCUCGACAACGGUCCUGAUCAAGCCAAUUGGGUUGCCGAUGGGCGUACAUCUGCAGGACGACCUUUCCAUCUCGAUAAGCAGGCUCUGCAAGUUUCUUGAAGUUGGAGACUACGUCUAUGUGAUCGCGGGAGAGCACAGGGGCGAUGCUGGUUACGUGGAGCGAGUUGACUUGGGCCCAACCGGUGAGUGGGGAUCACAUGCCACGGCCCAAGUCCUCACAAACGACUUCACCUCUUUCAGGGCGAAGAUCAACGACAUGCACAGAGGCAUUGAGAAGCCGGAGACGACUGACCGCCUCGGCGAAUUCUACGUUGGCCAGUUGGUGAUGGUAGCGGGGCGGUCCGAGGGCCGAGCCAUCAUCACCCGCCUGGAAGCAGGUUCGCGUGCCUUGCUUCUGGCGCAGGAUGGCGUGCAGGAAUAUGCAGAUCUGGCAGAAUUGCUGCCGGUAGAGUUGCCGAAGCUGCACUUUUACAAGAAGCAGGUUUGGUGCGAGGACCGCAUCAAGCAAAGAAUUGUCCCGGGGGCCAUGGUCAAGGCCCCUCGGGCGCUGACGGGCAGGACAACACCUAUUCAAGCCAAGGUGUUGUUCAUACACCAAAACACGGUCUUCUUGCAGGCUGUGGAAGGGUUGGUGGGUGAGCGAGCCUAUCUCGUCGCACCCGGUGACAAGUGUGAAUUCGUCUGGAAUGAGGAUGAUUUACCAAGCAGACGGCCGCAGCAGAUAAUGAGAGUGCCUGAGACUUCCGGGGCAGAAGCUCAGACGAAGCAGAUGUCGUAUGGGAUCACGAUGGCAUCCGAGAUGUCCUUCUUGAGGCCGCAGUGGCACAAGCAGCUCGGCUUGGCACAGAAGCCAGCCGGCCGGCAGGGAGGAAGCCUCCUGGAGAAAGGCACCGCCGUCCGGAUCACCGGUGGCAAGUACAAAGGCUACCGUGGUGAGAUCCGUGACCUGCUUGGGGAGAAAGCCAGGAUUUCCUUGUUGGCUCAGACCAAGCUCGUGGAAGUGCCACUGGAAAAUAUCAAUCACGACACGUACACAGUGGACAAGUAUGUCCGAUGGCCAGGCGCGCAGCCGAAAACUCCUUGGGCGGAGCCAAUGCCUGCGCCUCCCAGCGGACCUUCCAACGGAGAUUCCCUGCCGGGGCAGCCACUUUGCCAGCAAGCUGCCAGCCGGGCCUCUCUUUCUGUGGAGACGUCGCGUCGCGAGUCGUGGGCUCCGGCAUCGGCAGUGAGCCGGAUGGGCGCUGGGGCACAGCUCAGCUUUCGAGACUUCCUCCGUAUUGCCAGCCGGGCUCUGCGUGAGCUGGAGCGCGAAGUGCGCAUCGACGAGUUUCGCUCUGAGACCAAGGCCGUCAAGAGCGGAAACUACGGCCUUCUGGAGCUGGAGGAGCCAACAGCCCACUGCAUGGAGCAUGCUGGAGAGUCGAUCCAUCAUGCGAAUCAUGCUCUUUGA